AUUCCCUGGACCUAACCACACCGUUCACGCAUACUCCAUCACUCACCGGAUAACCUCCGUCGAUUUCCGCCGCAAUUUUGUGACUCCAUGGCCGGCGUAAACCUCCAGCUGCGUCACGCAUACUCGAUUGCUCAAUUUGUUCCAACCAUUUCUUCUCCUUCUCCUUCUCCUCAGCGAGCUCGGCUCGGGAUUUCACCCUCUCGUGUUCUCUUCUGUAAUCUCCGAGCUACUUCCGCCGCCGCUGCAACCCUGCGAACCACUCGCCGUUCAGCUACUGUUGCUGCUUCUUCCGUCUCCUCGGCUGUUGAUUCGUUAGUGGGAGAUCGGGAUGACGUGGGCAGAAUCCCUUUGCUUGAGGUUAAGGAUUUGAGAGCUGUGAUUGUUGAAUCGAGGCAGGAGAUACUAAAAGGCGUCAAUUUGGUUGUAUACGAAGGAGAGAUUCACGCAGUGAUGGGGAAAAAUGGUUCAGGGAAGAGCACAUUUUCUAAGGUUCUUGUUGGUCAUCCUGAUUAUGAAGUGACGGGAGGAAGUAUUGUAUUUAAAGGGCAGAAUCUGCUUGAUAUGGAACCAGAGGAAAGAUCUCUUGCUGGUCUCUUCAUGAGUUUCCAGUCCCCAGUUGAGAUCCCUGGUGUUAGCAAUAUGGAUUUCUUGAAUAUGGCAUUCAAUGCUCGAAAAAGAAAGCUCGGUCAGCCAGAGCUUGAUCCAAUCCAGUUCUACAGCCACUUGGUAUCAAAGCUUGAAGUUGUGAAUAUGAAGACCGAUUUUCUGAACCGAAAUGUCAAUGAAGGAUUUAGUGGUGGUGAAAGGAAACGCAACGAGAUUCUACAGUUAGCGGUCCUUGGAGCCGAGUUGGCUAUACUGGACGAGAUUGAUUCAGGGUUGGAUGUUGAUGCUCUUCAAGAUGUGGCAAAGGCGGUGAACGGGCUUUUGACACCAAAAAACUCUGUUCUGAUGAUAACACACUAUCAACGCCUACUUGACUACAUCAAACCAACUCUCAUACACAUCAUGGAGAAUGGAAGAAUCAUUAAAACCGGAGACAACUCCUUGGCCAAAUUACUGGAAAAGGAAGGCUACAAAGCGAUAUCCGGUUAGUUAUGGCAGGUCUUUGAAAACCGCUCUUGCUUCCUCGAGAGACCAGAGUGUUAUUUAUGGAUCAAAGACAAUGGAAGCUAAAGAUGAUGUCUGGAAAUCUAAUUAGACUCUACAAUCUUUGACCGGUAGGUUUUUAUGGCUUCAUUGGUUUGCAUGAUCGACUCUUGUAUUUGGUUUUGACCCAAAAAAAAACUCGUAUUUGGUUCCUCUGUCUGUCUCGUUCGUUGGUGAACAGUUCUUCCAUACUUUUUUUGUAACUAACAACAAAAUUCAGUUAAUAAUCCAUUAAGUUCAAGUUCAA